AUGGCGGCCGACAGCUCCCUGCUGCAGCUGGAGCAGCUCCUGGGAGGAGCAGCAGCGUCGACUGCUGCUGCUGCAACCACAAGCAGCAGCAGCAGCAGCGGGGGCCCUGCUGCUGUGCUCACGAAGGAAGCAGCACGCAGCGCCGCCAUUGCAGCAGCAGCGCAGGCCACGGCUCUCUCCCAACGCUGCCAGUCUUUGCUGCCUCUCCUCAAACAAGCUGCUGAACACAACACAGACAGCAGCAGCAGCAGCAGCAGCAGCACCGACGCUAGCUCGGCUACCCCCAGCAGCAGUAGCAGCAGAGGCGACGCUGCUGCUGCCAGCAACGCCCUCUUGUUAGAGUUAGAUUCUGACGCCGAGGGCCCUGUGGUGGAACUGGACGUGGGCGUGGGGGUCUUCGAAGUGAAGGGGCAGCUGCCCCCAGACUCUCGGCUGCAGCAGAUGGGCGUCGCCCUCGUCGAUUUGCCUGAAGGGCCUUCACCGCACCAAGACUCUGCUGCGGCGGGUCCCCCCUUGGACGCCCUGCAGCGCGCGCUGGCGGCGCGGCAGCAGCAGACCUGCUGCAGCAACGGCGGCAGACCAGUGGUCACGGUCCUCUCUAGCGGCAGCAGCAGCAGCAGCAGCAGCAGCGAAGGGGAAGACAGCGACGAGGCUCCUAAUGGCUAG